AUGUACCAGGAUGCUGCGAACCUGAUCGAUGACGCUACCGCCAAUGUGCGCACCCGUCGUCUCCAAGCCAGCAUCGCACCGCCACUUCGCAUCGACGGCAUCGACGGUGCCAUCACGUGGCCACUCGCACCCGCGCACGCAGCAGCCUUCGCAGCACUCGACAUUCCCAAUGGCACCCUUCUCCCGACGUCUUUUGCUUUUGUUCAACCUACUGCAUGGCGCAAAAUCGUCCAGAACGAGCUGCAUCGGGAGGCGGCCAGUGCGAUUACGGACGCUGACCUCGUUCUCUCGCACCUCGUGAUCGACGCCGUUGGCACCGGCGCCGCGCUCGUGCCGACAAACAUGCCAGUUGACGCCUUUGGCUACAUGGUUCUGCACUUGCCAUCGGCCUACGAUGGCGGUGAGAUGACGUUCAGCUAUCGCUACUCGAUCGAAACAUGGACACCCGACAAGGCCGAUGUCGAAAUCGCCGCAACCUUCCGCGACCUCGUCCCUACCUCGGCGCCAAUCACAAGAGGAGUGCGCAUGGCACUCGUCUUCCGUCUCGUCAUGAUCCACAACGACGAUGACAUUCCGGCACCAUGCAACCAAACCGAGGCCGUCGCCGCCUUCCAGCGCGUUGCCGAGCUGCCGCUACACACGCACCAACUCAUUUCGUGCAAUCCUGACGAAGACGCUUCGAUCGACCAUAUCUGGACCUUUGAGACUCUCGAUCCGUACGAAGCGGGCUUGGUGGACGCGCUUAUGACCACCGAACUCUACGACGUUGCGAUUGUGACGUUUGCCAAAGAGUCGGACAAGGAUAUGAUCUAUGAGAAGGCGCUGCGCCGUUCUAGUGACGACGACGAGUACGAGCCCAAGACGACGUAUCGAGUCGCCACAUGCUCGCCGCACCCGUCGAGUCGCAUCCCAUCGACGGUCCUUCACGCGCUCGUGGGCAGCCGCGUCGACGCCUUUGUUAGCUGCGACAGGCCCAUCACGACGGUAGCGGCGUGCAUUCAUGCGUGUCUCGAGCGGUAUGGAUGGGACCCGCUGGCCCCUGCGAUGCUCGGUCUCAUCUCUCGGUGGUACCGGCCGUUGAGGCCUCACGCCCCAUGCUGGCACUCUAUUGGUGUCGACUGCAUGCCACGUCUCCUUGCGAGUCUCGCAGGCAUCACCAAGGACGCGGUGUGUCUGCCACUCAACCAGCCGCUUGUGUGCGAGUUGAUCAAGCGCUGCUACCACCAUGCGCUCGACCAGCAUCGGUUUCUUCCAGAGAGCAAGUGCGAGCACGAGGUGUUGCGUCGGUUUGCCACCCACGUCAUUCUCCUCGACUGGUACCUUGACGAAGGCGCGCCGAAUGCGGCCGGCGGCAACUACCUCAGCACCUUCUUGCCGCCCAGCAUGAUCCUUGCAGUCGACACCUAUGUGUACGAUCAUCUACCCGGCACGUCGACGCUACUCAGCAUAAGGGCACAGUCGAUGGCAUCGAGGCUGCUCCUCUAUGUUCCCGAAGCGCUCGUUUUUGCGAUGAAAAGUCAGCCGACGAUCUCCAUCGACCUGUACCUCGGCGUCAUCGAGCGCGCUCUCGAGACGUUCAAUGGAGACAGCAUGCGAAUUGAAAUGCUGGGGGCGACCAUCUUUUCGAGCAUCCUCAAUCUGCUGGACCGAGCCGGACGCUGCGAUGGGGCUCGAUUUAAAGCGGUUUGGACGCUCUUCUACCCGGCGUCGGUCGCCGGAACCCGGCAGCUGCUCCACCAACGAACACUGCAGGACGAGGUGCGCGCAUGUAUCGCGUCGCUUGUGCUGGCGAUUGCGCCGACGCUCUCGACCAUGAAGGUUUGGCGGCGAUCGGGAUACAACGACUGCUACACCUCAUGGGAGCAGCUCGGCUUGAUGGCUGUCGAGGUGCUUGUGAUCGUCGACCCGACACGAAUGCCGACGCUUCUGCAGAAAUGGCUCGAGGCCAUGGACCGUGAGACGCCACUUGGUGAGGAAAAGUCGUCUUUCAACCGAGUAGUACAAGCUCAAGAACUUUACUUUCCGUUGGCCCAACUGCUUGCCAACACUGUGCCGCAGCACGUCGACGAGAUUCACGGAAAAAUUGUGCAGCGCUGCCUCGAUGUGUUUGGCGCUGCUCGUCGUCGUAUCCCACUCCUUCCCAUCAUCUCCGAUUACAUAUUGGACGACUCGUCACUGGAUGCAACCCAUUGCUAUCUCUGCAAGAUCUUGGCCGACUUUUUGAACGACGGCACCCGAUUCUCGCUGCGCUCGCUGCAUGUCCCGGCGCUCUGUGAUGCAGCGCAAGGCUCUAUUGAGAUCAACCGCCAUCGCCUCAAGCUGCGUCGCAAAGCUCGUACGUCGUAUUACGAUGUCAUCAAGGUGCCACUCAAAGGCGGCCCGGGCGUGGGCCAACUGUACGAGCUUGGCGUCACCCAGCGUCAAGAUACCGAGGAUCGCGCGCGUGUUGUGGUUCUGGACACUAUUGUGGCCGACGACCAGCGACGACCAGCGACCAACGGCGACACGCCGCAUCAACAUUGCGUCAAGCGCCAGCGACGAAGUUUUUCUUACCGGUAG